AUGGCCGUAAGUUCUGCCCUGGGCGUCGCUUUCUCUCCGGCUGCUGAGCCUUGCGCCAAGAUGGACGAAGAAGAGACCGCCGUCGCCGUGCUCGCUCGCCAAUCACCGCUGCAGCGACGCCGAAGGAUACACUCUGCAAUCCUUGCCACCGCCACCCGGUCAGAGGCCCUUGCGGAAACCUGCGGCACAGCAAAAAGACAGAGAAUUCCUUCAGCGGACGGCACAGCGCUCGUAUGGUGUCCGUCCAGACCGCACACGACGCCGCUUGACGUUAGAGUAAACCGUGGAGCAGAGCCUCAUCGGGACGACGCUCUUCAUGGAUAA